GGUGGUAGCGUCCGCGUUGCAGGAAGCGGCGCCGGAGACGUUCUCAUUGGUGCCGGCAGGGGAGGCUGGAACGUUCAGUCCCGGACGAGACCAUUCAGGCGGGCACAGAGUUUGGCGGAGUUGUUGCAAUGGCUCGGAGCCCCAAACUCAUUUUGCUGUUCAGCGGGAAGAGGAAAUCGGGGAAGGACUUUGUGGCGGAGGAAAUCCAGAGCCGGCUGGGUCCCGAUGUGUGCACCAUCCUCCGGCUGUCAGGACCCCUCAAGGAGCAGUAUGCAAAGGAGCAUGGCCUGGACUUCCAGCGCCUUCUGGAUGCCAGCAACUAUAAGGAGACGUAUCGGGAGGACAUGAUCCGCUGGGGAGAAGAGAGGCGCCGGACGGACCCCGGUUUCUUCUGCCGCAUUGUGGUGGAGGGUGCUGUGCAGCCAGUCUGGGUAGUGAGUGAUACGAGGCGUCUCUCGGAUGUGGAGUGGUUCCAGGAUGUUUACGGAGACUUGGUACAAGUGGUGCGGGUCAAUGCUACAGAAGAGACCAGAAAGAGGCGGGAUUGGGUGUUUGUUGUGGGCAUAGACGACGCAGAAUCCGAGUGCGGCCUGGACCAAGGUGUGGUCUUCAACUGGGUCAUCACCAACGACGGGGAGCCGCUCUCUCUGGAAGCCCAGCUGGAGAAGCUGCUCCAGUUCAUUGAGAGCAAGCUGUAGCCGAAACCCCUCCGACUUUCUUUCCCCCACCAUCCUUCAGGAGCCGGGUUCGGGGUGCGUCUUGAAGCACCAGAGAGAGGGGGAGAAUCUGGAGAAGAUGGAGUUGCCGCUCGUGCUGUGAUCCGAGGGGUGUGGCGGGUGAGGUCUGUUCCAGGGCGAAUCCGUUUUGACGAGUGCCAUAAUCCAGUGUCUGUUCUCCCCACCGCCCCACAACCCGCUCCGAUCCUUCCUGCUUUCCGCCUCGCACGUCUCUUCUGAGGGGAGUCCUUUGGGCUCACAUCCAGCACAGGUUACGUCCCUUGAAGGGCAUCGGAGUGUGUUAAGGAAAAGGAGGUGGGUUGGGCUUAGUUUUUCCUAUGGCCUCUUUGGCUGCGGUUUCUGUUCUUACAGCUUUUGGCCACCGGGCAGCAGAACCACAUCGUUGAUUACGGCGGCUGCCUUAACCAGUCCGGGUUUUUGUAAUCCUGCCUCGAUCUGUGUCUCCCUGCAGGCUUAUUCUACCUUAGCUCUGCUCGCUCGGGAUAGGAUGGACGUCCCGACUAGGAAAUGCACGCUAGGGCAAGGGCAACCUGACUCUCCCCCUGCCCUGUUUUAAAUUGGGUUUCCCUCCCAGGCGGGCAUCUAGAAAAGCUAUUUACCUCCUGUUACCCCCACCCCCACCAACCCUUUUCCUAAGGUGGGGGGGAAAUGCUGUGCCUUAUCCUUGAGAGCUACCAUCUCAUCUCUCUUACCUGGCUGCCCCAAAGCCCGUGCUGAAUCCUAACUUGAAUGUUGCCAACUCCUUUCCCGACGAAGGCUCCUGUGCCUUUCCUCAGCUGUGUGGUGGGAAGUCCAGCGUUGCAGGGAGGGAGCUAUGUGACACCGCUCUCAAGAGAUGCCGGUCUCUUUAUUCUCCAGGAACGUAGUUAGCAACCUGUAGAUUGCAUAGGAGUCUUGGUCAGGACAGGAGUUGGCAGCCUGGGGGAGGAAACCAAGCAAAUCAGAGUCUCCCUGUAAGACAACUCCUAACAGACGCUGGUCAUUUUAUGCCCCCCAGGGCAGGCUAUGCAGGAGCCUUGGCUAGGAAAGGAGUUGGCAACCAUAACCCACAGCUUGUAUACUGAGACAUUCCGGCUUUGGGGGCUGAAGGGGCAGUCGAAGUCUGCGGCUUGUAGCUUUUAGCAGCGGAGGGGGUUUACAUGGUCAGUUAUUGGGGACCAAGCCAGAUUUAUAAGUUGGCAGUUUGGAGCAUGCUCUGGCCUUUAGAUUUCAAAAGUGUUCUGCCCUCUCUGCCCCCGGGAUACAUCCCACUCCCGCCACCCCCAGCAGUCAGGCCCCUGCAGCUGUCAGGUCUUUUGCUAACCCCACUUGCUGCUAAACCGGAUGCCCGUCUCCCUCCCUCCGGGAAUUGGACAGGGCUGCUUUGGCAAUAAAGCUGUUGAUUGGU